UGCUCGAAACUUAGGUCAAUGUUUCUUGUUUGUCAAUUCUAUAACAUAUAGUUAAUACUAUCACGUUUCUCGAAGGCAUAUAAUAUAUAGAUGAAUAAUUGUGACAGCCUCGAUGAGUAUCUCAUCGUCAAGUCUUUUAUGUGAGUUUCCUCAAGGUUCCCUGAAGAAGAUGAGAGAAAUUUUUUCAAUAAUAACAUGGGCAAUUGUGAUCCCAACACUGUUAUUCAUUGUUUUUGCUAGGAAAAAAAACCCAACUAGAAAAUACAAAUUGCCACCAGGAAGGAGAGGUUGGCCUUUAAUUGGUGAUAGCUUCCAGUGGUAUAAAGCAGUGGCAGGUUCUUAUCCUCCUGAAUUUGUUUACCAACAGGUGAAUAAAUUUGGCAAAAUAUUCUCUUGCAGUUUGUUUGGGAAAUGGGUUGUGGUAUCAGCAGACCCAAAUUUCAAUCGAUUUAUAAUGCAAAAUGAAGGCAAAUUGUUUGAAUCCAAUUAUCCAAAAUCAUUUCGUGAUUUGGUUGGAAAAAAUGGGGUCAUCACUCUACAAGGAGACCAACAAAGGAAACUUCAUGGGAUUGCAUCUAAUAUCAUGCGUUUAGACAAGCUCAAGCUUCAUUUCUUAGACGAUAUUCAAUUGGUUAUCCUUCAAACUCUCAACUUCCAUGACAACCACGUCAUUCUUCUCCAAGAUGUAUGCAGAAAGGCAACAAUCAAUCUAAUGGUUAAUCAACUAUUGGGUGUAUCAACCGAGUCAGAAAUUAACGAGAUGGCUCAAUUAUUCUCAGAUUUUGCCGAUGGCUGUUUAUCUAUUCCUAUCAAUUUGCCUGGUUGCACUUAUUAUACCGCCAUGAAGGCAAGAGAAAAAAUAGUAAGCAAGAUAAAAAGGACAAUAGAGAAUCAGAGGCAAAGUGAAUGCGCAGGAAAUGGUGUGUUAGGAAGGAUAUUGAAUGAAGAGAAUUUGGCAGAUGAAGCUGUAGCUGACUUCAUUAUAAAUCUUCUUUUUGCUGGGAAUGAAACUACUGCUAAAACUAUGCUUUUUGCCGUUUAUUUCUUGACUCAGUGUCCCACAGCUAUGCAACAACUGCUGGAUGAGCAGGAUAAGUUAUGCAAGAACUCUGUGGGGAAUGAACUGCUUACUUGGCAAGAUUACCAAACUAUGUCCUUCACUCAGUGUGUUAUUGAUGAAACACUUCGAAUUGGGGGCAUUGCGAUCUGGUUAAUGAGGGUAGCAAAAGAAGAUGUGAUAUACCAGGAUUAUAUGAUACCAAAAGGAAGGGCAGUGAUUCCAUUUCUUUCGGCCGUUCAUUUGGAUGAAAAUUUAUACAAAGAAGCUUUAAAGUUCGACCCAUGGAGAUGGAUGGAUCCUCAAUAUCAGGAAAAAAGAAGUUGGAGAAAUAGCCCAUUCUAUUCUCCCUUUGGAGGAGGUGGUAGGUUUUGUCCAGGAGCAGAGUUAGCUCGCCUCCAAAUUGCUCUCUUUCUCCACUACUUCCUCACUACAUACAGGUGGACGCAGGUUAAAGAAGAUCGAUUGUCAUUCUUUCCCUCUGCUCGUUUAGUGAAUGGUUUCCAAAUUCGUUUGAUGAGGAGAACCAACACUUCAAAGGUGGAGACCUCACAAUGAAACUAACUAUUAACCCACCUUAUAUUUUAUCAUAAACAAUUCUCUUUAUUUUCCUCCCUUUUUUAUAAGUUAAUUUAUGUAAUGUUUCUCAUCACCUCCAAAUUAUAUACAUGUAAAGCAGCAUUGAACUUAAAUUCAAUGUUUUUAUGUCAUAUAAUGUGAGAAGCUACUCAUAUAAAGUGUUUUUAUGUUUAUAAGUUUCUUAAUAACAAAAUUAAACAUUUUUGUUCUUUCAGCUUUCUUAUAAACCAAAAUUAUAUUUGGUGAACCGUAACGCAGUCAAAUUUUCUAUUGAAAUCAAAACACUAAAACAUUUUGGUAUAUUUGGUUAGUUCUAAGUCAGAUGACAAAAAGCAUACAAAAUGCUUUCUUUGACAGAAAGGAACCUUAGCUCAGUUUCCUCCAAA